CGUGGUCGCCGCGGCCCCUCCCCCGCGGGCCGCUCCGCUGGCGGCUCGCCGGGCGCGAGAGUUUGGCUUGCGGGUGGAGAUGCCGCGCGGGAUCUGUGUCCUCGCAGAUUUUCAACCAACAUAAUGCUGAAGCUCUCAGCUUGGAACAAGCAUUUCACAGAAUGGCACAAACGGAACCUAAUCUGGACCAUGAUGUAUCAUGGUUCCUCCUUCCACCGUACUGGGCUAAAAUGGUUGUGGCUUUAAUUUCCUUGCUCUGCUUUGCUAACAGCUAUGAUGGAGAUUUUGUCUUUGAUGAUUCUGAAGCCAUCAUCAAUAAUAAGGACCUCAGGGCAGAAACCCCACUUGGUGACCUGUGGUAUCAUGACUUUUGGGGUAGCAAACUCAGCAGCAAUACCAGUCAUAAGUCAUAUCGACCACUAACUGUCCUAACUUUCAGAAUUAAUUACCUUCUUGCUGGAGGCUUCUACCCGGUUGGUUUCCAUGUCAUCAAUAUAAUACUGCAUUGUACUGUCUCAGUGUUGAUGAUUGAUGUGUUCUCAAUAUUAUUGGGUGGACUGCAAUUCAGUAAUAAAGGAAGACGGCUAAACCUGGCUCCAAAGUCCUCUCUUCUAGCUGCCUUGCUCUUUGCUGUACAUCCAGUGCACACUGAAUGUGUUGCUGGGAUUGUUGGCAGAGCAGAUCUACUGUGUGCCCUGUUCUUUUUGUUGUCAUUCCUUGGCUACUGUAAAGCCUUUAGAGAAAAUAAAGAAGGACAUACAUUUUCUGUACUCUGGGUGCUGGUGAGUGUUAUCCUAGGUGCAAUAGCCAUGCUGUGCAAAGAACAAGGAAUUACAAUACUGGGUUUGAAUGCAGUGUUUGAUGCACUAGUGAUUAACAAGAUAAAUCUUUUGGAGCUCAUUCAAAAGUUACUACAUAAGGACAAGUCGUUGGAGAACACUGGGCAGUUAAGGAAGGGGCUGCUUUUCAGGAUAACUCUCCUGAUGUCUGGAGGGGCCAGUAUACUUUAUAUACGCUGGAGGAUUAUGGGCACAGGGCCACCGGCUUUCACUGAAGUAGACAACCCAGCUUCAUUUGCUGACAGUCUGUUUAUGAGAGCUAUAAACUAUAAUUACUACUAUUCCCUGAAUGCAUGGUUGCUGUUGUGUCCCUGGUGGCUGUGUUUUGAUUGGUCAAUGGGCUGCAUACCCCUCAUUAAAUCCGUCAGCGACUGGAGGAUAAUUGCACUAGCAGCACUUUGGUUCUGCCUAAUUGGUCUGAUAUGCCAAGCUCUGUGCUCAGAAGACAGCCAUAAGAGAAGAAUCCUUACACUGGGACUUGGAUUUCUUAUUAUCCCUUUUCUUCCUGCAAGCAAUCUAUUCUUCCGGGUGGGAUUUGUUAUUGCAGAGAGAGUCAUCUACCUCCCCAGUAUUGGAUAUUGUAUUCUCUUUACAUAUGGAUUUAGUCUCUUGAGUAAGCAAGCCAAGAAAAAGAAAAUUCUUGCUGUGGCAGUACUUGGAAUCUUGUUGAUAAAUGUUAUGCGCUGUGCACUCCGCAGCAGUCAGUGGAGGUCAGAAGAACAGCUUUUUAGGAGUGCACUGUCUGUGUGCCCUCUGAAUGCAAAAGUGCACUACAAUGUCGGCAAAAACCUGGCUGACAAAGGAAAUCAAAGUGCUGCAAUCAAAUACUACAGAGAAGCUGUAAGGUUGAAUCCGAAAUACGUACAUGCCAUGAACAACCUUGGAAAUAUUCUGAAAGAAAGAAACGAGCUCCACGAAGCAGAGGAGUUGCUGUCCUUAGCUGUACAAAUACAACCUGAUUUUGCUGCUGCAUGGAUGAAUCUAGGAAUAGUACAGAACAGUUUAAGAAGAUUUGAAGAGGCAGAGCAAAGCUACUGGACAGCAAUUAAACAUAGGAAAAAAUAUCCAGAUUGUUACUACAAUUUAGGGCGGUUGUAUGCAGAUUUGAAUCGCCAUAUAGAUGCAUUGAAUGCGUGGAGGAAUGCUACUGUCCUGAAACCAGAGCAUAGUUUGGCUUGGAACAAUAUGAUAAUAUUGCUUGAUAACACAGGCAAUCUAGCUCAAGCAGAAGCAGUUGGAAGAGAGGCUUUGGAAUUAAUACCUAAUGAUCAUUCCCUUAUGUUUUCAUUGGCAAACGUACUAGGGAAAUCACAAAAAUAUAAGGAAUCUGAAGCUUUGUUCCUCAAGGCAAUUAAAGCCAAUCCAAAUGCUGCCAGUUAUCAUGGUAAUUUGGCCGUGCUUUAUCAUCGCUGGGGAAAUCUUGACUUAGCAAAGAAGCACUAUGAAGUCUCUCUGAAGCUUGAUCCUAUGGCGCCUGGAACCAAGGAAAACUACAACCUCUUAAGAAGAAAACUGGAGCAGCUGCAAAAGAAGGGCGGUGCCUGAUGUUCUUUUCCAGGUUGUCCGUGCAUGCUGUUUAAGACUAAUGCUACAUGGCUACUUUUGACCAUGUACAGGAUUCAGUCAUUAUUUCUCAAAAAUGAUAACAACCACCAGCACCACACACUUGAAUGUCCAGUUUUGCCCUCCUACAGAUCCUAACAUUUCAGCUUAAGGGAUCAUUUUAUUUUUACUCUCGAACUGCUUUUCAAGUCCAUUACAACAUUUUUAUAUGUAUAUGAAAGCAACGCAGAUGGAAUUUCACAGCUUACACUUGUCAUUUGAUAUCUUCAUGUGACAUUUUAGUAGAAGGAUGAAUAGCAGAAGGUGGUUUUAUUUCUGAAGGGGAUACUUAAAAGUGCAAUUUCCUGUUUAAAUCCUGAUCUUUUCAAGUAUAAAGAAUAUCUGUUCACUUCAGUUUUAUUACUGCCUUCUACUGCCAGUCCUGCAGAGCCAGUGAAAGAAUGGAUUCUCUCCAGCACAUCAGUCUACUCAUAUAAUUUUGGUUACUUGUUUCUGUCUCAAGACUGUGAAGUGUUGGAUUUGUACAGGAGUAAAUAAGGGCAAGGAUUUGACCAUAAAUGUCUGUCGGCCAGUGUACUGCUGAGGUAUGCUUGAGUGUAGAAAAUAUUCUUAGAUUAAAAUGGAGAUUUUAGCAAGCAGCAAAGGGAAAUGAAGUGUGAGGCAACAGAGGAAUCAGCUAGAGUUUCUGUUCUUGCGGGCAGCCUCAUCUAGUACAGACAACAUGGCAACAGGUCAGAAUUGCUUUAGGUCCUGUGGCAAGUCAGUGGUCUAAAUGCAGUAUAGUGUCUGCAGGAGCUAAUUGCCGUGUUCUUAGGCAUUUCAGUGCUUUCUUGUUGAGGACAUUACACCUUUCAGCUCCUGUACUGCUGGCGAAUAAAGAGGUAAUUUCUGUGACAAUACAACUGUGCAGAAGAUCUGACCUUGGCUGUUGAUCUAUUACUUGGAAGGAACUUGGCUUCACCUUUGUCUCCCACGGCUUGUGUGUUUACUGAAGGGACAGAUAAAUAAGAAUAGCUGUUAAUGCAUAAACUGGGCAGAUCGAUGUGGGAUGAUUCAGAGGUGGUAUAUGUUGAUACCGUGAUACCUCUCAAAAGGGGCCAUGCUUUAAUACAUGUUUGAACUCUGGCUGUCCAGAGUUGUUUGUCAUGUGCUAAUAUUUACAUUCCUGCUUCAGGAAGUAGUCACAUGUCUGUAUUUGUGGUGGUUGUUUUUUUGGUUCUAUUUGUUUGUUUUGGGGAGGUUGUGUUGAGAUGGGUUGGUUUCUUUAAGAUUGAAAGUUUGCUAUUACUUUUGAAAACUGAGGAGCUUUACCUCUCUUUUAAUAUUCCUUUAUUCUUUCCAACCAUGUCCCCUUGAAGAAAUUGAUCAGUGCAGUAUUUGCAGCUUUCCUAAUUUGUCCAAUGAUUACUGUAUAGGUGAUUGUGUAAUGUUCUCCAUAAACAACUCAUGUAUGUGUGGAACCAUUUCAAGUCUCCGGUAAGUUCCUGCCACAGGGCAGGAUGUUGUGUGACCUUCUCAUCUGACCACCAUAUAACCAUUCUACAUCUAUAAUAUGAUUUGAACCUACAAUAGGCUGCUUUUAUAUUAUAAAUUUGCUUGGAAAUGGCAGUUGUUUCAAUAACUGUGUCUACUGAGCACACUGCAAUACUGCAGAGCUACCAAAGCAUCCUCUGGCAAAGCUAGUUCAGGUACUACAAGCUGUGCAGCUACUUUUACGUAAUAUUUUUGCCAGAUUAGCUGUAAAUCUACCCGGCAAGGCUGUUGCAGUGGGGUGCUGUCCACAAAUUUGGCUUUGAAUGAACUAAUCUGGCUACAUUAUAUAGUAUGCUGCUGUACUGGUUUUGGUUGAGGCACCAGAGGCAUAUAUGUAUGCUCCUCUCCUGCAAAUACAGCCUGUUUCUCAGCAGGACUAAUUAGUUCAUAUAGGAUACUAAGUUGAUGCAAUUGUUUUCAUUUCUUCUGGUUUCUGGACGGAAUUUUCAGAAACUAGUUUCUAAAUAUAUUUGCAGGA